ACAUAAAGUGGAACAGUAUAAAAGACAGAAAACCCGGCGAAUUUUCUCAUUUGAUUUUUUGGGAGGAAGAAGAUGGACUACAAUCUGGCAGCACUGAAAGUGUUUUGCUCACAGCUAAACAACGCGAAAGCAACCACAACACAACAAUCACAGGCAGCAUUCACUCUCUCCGGCAUUCUCUUUCAACGUGUCUGGCUACAGGGUAUUCUGGUUUCAACACCUACUACUGACUCCUCCGGCCGAUUCCUCCUCGACGAUGGCACAGGGGUCAUUGAACUCCAACUUCUCGGCGACUUCCUCACACUUUCUUGGGUGAAAGGGAUGUAUGUUAUGGUUGUUGGACUGUAUUUUGUCCAAAAAGGCAGCCUCCCUUUAGUUAAGAUACACAAAAUUGUUGACCUUUCGCCAUUUCCUGACCGAGAAUCGAUGUGGUACCUAGAAGUUAUUGAGGUAUUUAAACUCUUCUACCAACCUCUAUUUGAAGAGUAAUUAAAGAGUUAAGGCAGCAGAAAAAAGGACAUCAUACAAGAUCUUGUAUGAUUGUACCAAAUGGACUUCUAGUUCAUAUAUUACUACUAACCUUUUUAGGGACAGUUAUAUUACAAUUCUCUCUGUUUUAAUUUCUUUGUCAUACUUUCCUUUUUAAUUCGUUUCUUUUUCUUUGUUGGCACUCUUAGUUCCAUCUAUCUACCUGACACCCUUGCAACACCGCUCUACUCCCUCCGCUCCCUUCCUACCCCAUUCUCAUAAUUUUGUUUAAUAUAGAUUUGUCUAUCUCUAAUUUUGGCUAAAUACAUAUUUAAUAUAUUA